CGUCAUUGUCAAAUCGGUCGGGAACAGCAGACGCUGCAGAGCGCUGGCAUUUCUACAACUUUUAACUCUGAGAUACAGUGUGUGCGAUCUAUUUUACGGUUUGCGCGUUAGUGAAAGUAGACUUCAUUCUGUGCAAUUUUGCCUGUCAAUGUGGAAAGUUAUGCUGUAAAUUAGAUAUAAUAAUCGCGAAGUCAAACAAUGGUAUGUUCGUAAGUACACUUAAGUUGAAGUUCAGCACUGUUUUCUUGGCAUUUUCGGGGUUUUUCGCAACUAUUUGUAAACGACUAACCUGAUAUGUGCAGUACGGCAAAAAGUUCAAUCAGUCUACAGAAAACUUGAAAGGGAUAUAAUAAUGAUCAGUAUUAAAUUAAUAUCAGUGAGGAAUAUUAGUAAUGGAUAAACUGUUUUGACUGUGGCAAUGCUCAUUUUCGCGUCUUUGUUAUUCUUUUAUGUGCUUUGGGUUUAAAACGGCUCUUCUUACUCGGAUCAUUUUCUCCCAGUCUCCGGAGCACAUUUUAUGGAGUCCUUUUUUACUAUUUACCUGAAUGACGCUCUUUAAAACGUACACAUAAGACAGGUAUAGGCAUGCUGGUUAGCCCGACAAAGAGCUGUAAUACACAGACCCGCGCACACACGUCCCUUUGGGGGCUUUGCGCUCAGUGUUGAAUGGGCAGCAGCGACACCAUCACUGUUAACUGUGACACUGGCGCCGUUUAGCAGCCACAGUACGGGACGCCUCGGUCCCUCCAUUCACCGCCAGACGGAGAGGGGUCUUCAUUCUCAGGGAAGAACUUAACGCGGAACUGCGUAAUGCAGCACUCUGGAGAGAAAUAUGCACUGUUGUUUAAUUAUUAGCCAUGAAAAGACUGCACUACUGAUUUCAACAAAAACACCAUUGUGAGAGAAGUGAAUUUCACACAUCUGGUUUGGAUGGAAUGGGGAUCUUGAAUUGAUUUAUACCAUUUUUUCAUUUUCUCAUCGUCUGCUUUGAUAAAAGGCAAAGGCGACAUCCGAGGAAUAGAGAGCGCACAGUUUGCCGAAAUCUGAAGGCUGAGACCGUGCUGGGAAAUCCCUAACCGUUUUGAAUGCGAGCAGAGCGGCGAGCUGAAGGAUAAAUGCCCUCGCGGAGAGCGAUACGGACCAGGCGAUUCCAUGUCUUUCUUGGACUGCUCCUGCAUAUCCAACACCCAGGUCCACUCUUUCAGCAUUGAGGACCACUAUGAGGACGUCAGCCAACAGCACUUGAGCAGAGACGGGUCAACGUGUGCUCUGAGUGGGGCAGCUGACAGUGAUGACCUCGCCUCGCUCUCCGCUGAUGCUUCCCAUUACCAGCUUCUGUCAGAGCUGGGCUGGGGCUUCAACAACCUGAGUCAGGUGUGCAUGGCGCGACACACGCCGUCCGGCCGGCUGGUGGCAGUGAAGCGCACCAACCUGGAUCGCUGUACCGAGGAUGAGCUGCUACAGCUGCUGAACGAGGUACUACUGUGUCGGCUGUUCCGCCACCCCAACCUCCUGACGUCACGCCUGGUAUUCGGCUUCUGCUGCCAGCUGUGGGUCCUCACGCCCCUGGUUAGUUAUGGCUCGGCAGACGCCCUGCUCAGGACGUAUUUCCCGGAUGGCAUGAGCGAGUCCCUCAUCGCAUACCUUCUGCACGGCGUCCUCAAGGGCCUGGAGUACCUACAUGAGAUGGGAUACGUGCACAGAGGUGUGAAGGCCAGCCACAUCCUGCUGUCCUCUGAGGGCCGUGUCUACCUGUCGGGACUGCACAGUGCGUAUAGCCUGGUGCGGGACGGCCGGCGGCUGCAGGCUGUGUAUGACAUGCCGCAACACAGCCCUGCCCUGCUGCCCUGGCUUAGCCCAGAGCUCCUUCGACAGGAUCUCCAUGGAUACGGGGUAAAGUCGGACAUCUACAGCCUGGGAAUCGUGGCCUGUGAGCUGGUCAGUGGGCGGGUGCCCUUCCAGGACAUGCACCCCACUCUGAUGCUGCUUCAGAAGUUGCGUGGUACGCAUUGCUGCCUGUUGGACGUGGCCCCCUUCCCCCUGGGAGAGAUGGGCGGCCUCAAGGUGUCCCGCUCAGGGGUGGACUCUGGCAUCGGAGAGAGUGUGGCCACAGGCAGUCUGACCCGCGCCGUGGUGCCGGACCGGCCGCAGAGCCCAACGCUGAAGAACCACUCGGCCACCUUCCACAACGUGGUACAGCUGUGCCUGCAGCAGCAGCCGGAGCGCCGACCAUCUGCCUCCGCAUUGUCGACGCACACUUUCUUCAGACAGGUGAGGCGACACACCCGGGACUCCUUCCUCAGCCUCAUGUACCCGGCCAUACCCUUCUGCAGCCCCCCAGACACACCCACAUCACAUCCCCUGUUCCCGCCCUGCCACGGCCUAGCCCCCCGGGUGGACUCUCAGGACGGGGCUUGGGACUUCUCUUAGUUCCCUUCAACCCCCACCACUCCCUUAAUGACCAACACUGCUUCCAAAAAAACAGUAUACUGCAUUUUUCAUUGCCCGGGUGAGAUAUUUAUUAUAUUUCUUUUUUGUAAGACCUGGUCCAGUGAGGCACUGAAGAGCUGUGAAUAGUCUGUUUUCUGCAGCCUCGGCUGAAAGGAUCAGCCCCAACCUACAGGUGAAUGUGAAUGCAGGGCGGCUGGCCUUGUCUGCAGUGACAGCACAGGCGGACUGGCCUGGGCUUAGGCCUGGCUUCCCCCUGCCCCAUCUCUUGCUGGAUAUUUGCUGUGUUUUGCUUUGUUUUUUCAUCCAUGUUUAUGCGUGCUUCUCUACCAGGGCAUAGAUGGUGAAUUUCUCCAAACAACCGGUUUGUUCCCAGCAGAGCCCGCAUUCUGCCCCAUCUGUGAAAAUGAAAUUUAAGAAUAUGUUGAUUUUUUUUCCCCCAGUGUAUUUAAAAGACUAGACGCAUUUCGGGGACGCAUUUUGAGCACAUGCCGUCCCGUGUUAAUGAGGGCGGUACUACCUGCAUUAAAUAUACUGUUGUUGUUGUGUGUCCUCCCUCUUCCUUAGGGUUAGUUAUUUGGAGUGACUAGUGACUGCAAUAUUCUUCAGCGUUCUUUUGCAAUUCCAGUCAGUUAUGUAACUGCACAUACAUGAAUCGUUAAUGUGAUUUGACAAUGUCUGUGUGUGUGUGUGUGUGUGUGUCUAUCUAUAUAUAUAUAUAUAUAUAUAUAUAUAUAUAUAUACAAAUUUUUUUUUUCUUCUUUGGUUCUGAACAGUAUUGUGGGGAACAUACAUUACCACAGCAUGUCAUGUACCUCCAUAUGAGGAAUAUUUCAGUGUUCUUGAUUCUUCAUCAGUGUUGCUGUACCUUGGGACAGAAGAAGCCCACAUUCCCUCAUGACGGCAUCUUGACGUCCCGCCAGCAGAAAUUCUCCGCUAGAGCACGGUCAACAUCAGAUGUAUGACUGCUAUACAUGUUUAAAUGAUAUACGAAAAGUCUGUCAUUUGCCUAUCUAUAUUUUACAGAUUAUUUUUAUAUUGUCAACCUACCAAGUCAACUUAAUAAUCUUAAAGUUAUACAUUACAGCUGUCUUUUCCUUUAACAUUUUUGUUCAUAGAAGUAUUUUAUUUUCCCCAUUGAUGCGGUUCCAGUCACUCUUUUUCCCUGUUCAUGACAUCAAAACAUCAAGAGCAAAGUGACGCACUGUGACUGUCCUGCACGGUCAUGCCACCAUUCCUGUGCAUUGUUCACAUGUUUCUAUUGUACAGCUGCCUUUGUACUGUUGACUGAGAUGCUGUUUUGCCCUUGCAUUUUAUAUAUUGUGAAGGGAAACCUGUAUAGCACAUUUUGACUGUAAAAUACCUUGUGUGUUUUUUUUCAAACUGUAUUCUUAAUCUGUUUAUAUGUGUGUGAAUCCUUUUUGUAUAAUAAAAUAUAAGCAUGAUGAGGAA